AUGUCCCCACAUCCGGAUGCCGCUCCGAGUCCAGCUCCGAAUCAGCCUCCGAAAACAACUCCGAACACCUCGGCAUCACGCCAGAAACUUGCAAGACGGGCCUGCGACUCAUGCAAGAUCCGGAAAAUUCGAUGUUCAGAGACACCCCCUUGCACGGGGUGUGCAGCCGCGGGGAUAGAGUGUACCUUUAACCGCCUACAAGCUACUCGCGGCCCUCGAGGGCUUCGGGCAAAGACCCUUGACAAGAUUGAGCGGAGACGUCGAGGCAAGGUUGAUGUCAAGUGUAUAGAUCUCAGUGGGGAGAAUGGGGGCAGAGAGAAGCAGACUGAUGAGAUAACCUGCGUGGUUGACGUGCUCGACGUUUACGCUGAACGACUGUUUCCUAUCUGGCCUAUCUGCGAUGCUACUGACCUGCGCAGCAAGAUAAAGGAGAACCCUGACAGAGAUGAUUCAGCAAGGUUCUUAGCCAAUGCUGUGGCCCUUGCUACUAUUGCGCAGCUGAGACUGGAAACUGCAUGGCAGCCCAGUGUGGACAAGGUAGAGACGAGUGGGCUGAAUCAGACGCUCGAUCUCCUUGAUAGCCUUCGCAUCUCAUUCUUUUUACACAUAUACCAUGAGAACGCUUCACCUGGAGGCACCAAGUCGCUUGUGUAUCUGCGCGAGGCCAUAACGCAGGCUCAAAUCCUCCGACUUGAUCGCGAGUCGACCUACGCGUCGCUGUCUGAGGUAGACCAACACGUUUCGCGACGGGUUCUCUGGCUACUCUUUGUUACAGAAAGAGGCGUCGCGCUCCUUCACAAACUACCCAUCGUGUUGAAGCCUAACAUCCUGUUCCCAUGGUUUGGCGGAGCCGACGAUCAGGCCGAGGUCCUACCCGCCUUUCUAAAGCUGGUCCAUCUAUUCUGGGUAUUCGAUCAAUCCGGAAUCUUUGAGAUUCUACGAAAUGCAGACACAGACUCGGACAUUCCCAACAUGGCGUCCGUGGCUCAGAGCUGUCUUGAACUCCUCCAGCAGAAGCUUCUUGACUCGGUCGACAACGACGACUGGGGUCCCGUGAAUCAGGUUCAGCGCGCGGACAUGUUUAUUACUCGGCAGUGGAUGCGUGCUGUUCUUUGGAGGGCGUCUUUGCGCUUUGGGAUUGUCAUUCCGGGCAUGAAUCCGAUUGACAUUGCAAAGGACUUUUUGAGUCUGGUCUCCGAGCUUCCAAAGGCUGCACUUGAGUCUCAUGGGCCAACUUUGGAGUUCAAGACGUUUGAGAUCGCUACAGCGGUGAUUGAUGCAAUGGCCAGCAAUCAUUCAACCAUUCCAAUUGAUCAACCAGGGCCAAUCUUACAUCGCCUGCGAGAUAUUUUGUCCUCUUGUCGAGGAGGCAAUCGAACUCUCUUGUCGCUUCUCACGAUGAAGAUGGACGCCGUUUCUGGAUCUGGGCUUAUGCUUGAGACUCCGAACGACGAUGCGAUUGUCUUCCAGAUGAACACCCAAUCUGGAUUCGACACAGCUGAGCUUUCGGCGAGCCAGUCAAACAUUUCUAUGCCUACGUAUCAAUUCAUGGAGGAGCAGGCUUCUCAGAUUUGUUGGCCACCGCUGGACCUGGGAUAUCUCGUCCGGUCACCGUCUCCCCUCACUCGCAUGCUGCUCGAAUCGAUGCCCAGAGACGGCGGGCUGCGCGAUGACACCUUUCGGAGGAUUUCUUGCGUCAUUUUACCCUGGUCACUCGGUGUGACUCCAUCCCCGCCUUUAUCAUAUUACUCCGAGAAUUUCUCCCACUCUUAUGAUAUUCCUCAUCUAUCGUCAAUAUUCUUCACAAUGGCCUGGGCAGAACCUCGAAACACGGGCAUGAUCUACCGCCGUCUCGGUCGGUCUGGACUUCAUGUUUCUGCCAUUAGUCUUGGUGGUUGGAUGACCUAUGGAGGUUAUGCUCAAGAUGAGCAGGCGUUUGCUUGUAUGAAGAAGGCCUACGAUCUGGGCGUCAACUUCUUCGAUACGGCUGAGAACUAUACUGCCGGCGAGUCAGAGGUUGUCAUGGGCAAGGCCAUCAAGCAUUUUGGGUGGAAGAGAAGUGACCUGGUCAUCAGCACAAAAAUCAAUUGGGGCGCUGUCAAUGGAGAGAUUCUGGUCAACAACCACGGUCUUUCGAGAAAGCACAUCAUCGAGGGCUUGGAGGCUUCACUCUCCCGUCUUCAACUAAAAUACGUCGACGUUGUCUAUGCGCAUCGGCCAGACAGAUUGACCCCUAUGGAAGAGACUGUGAGGGCCUUCAAUUUUGUAAUUGAUCAGGGCAUGGCUCUCUACUGGGGCACCUCUGAAUGGAGCCCCGAUGAGAUUGCAGAGGCUGUUGGCAUUGCCCGCGACUUGAGGAUGAUUGGUCCUAUCGUGGAGCAGCCUCAGUAUAACAUGCUUGUCCGUGACAAGGUUGAGGGCCAGUUCCAGCGUCUGUAUGAGCGUGUCGGCCUCGGCCUCACAACCUUCAGCCCCAUCAAGAUGGGCCUCCUCUCGGGCAAGUACAACGGCGUUGUCGACGGCCAACCGCCUAAGGACUCACGAUUCGGAGCGAGCAAGGACGGUUUUGCCGACUUUAUGCGCGGUCGCAUGGGAAGCGACGACUGGAAGGAGGAGAUUGAAAAGGUGAAGCAACUCAAACCCAUUGCGGAUAAGCUGGGUGUUAGUCAGAGCCAGCUCGCCGUUGCUUGGUGUCUCAAGAACCCCAACGUGAGCAGUGUCAUCACGGGAGCGAGUCGACCGGAGCAGCUGGAGGAGAAUGUGGGAGCUCUCAAGAUUCUUGGAAAGUUGACUCCUGAGAUUCUUGACGAGAUUGAUGCUAUUACAAAGAACAAGGUCAUGCUUGAUCCUGCUAGGCAAAGCUAGAGGAUGAUGAUUAAAUAAAUGCUAAUAAGACCUUUAUAAAACUGCAGCACUUACAGACCCUUU